AUGGUUCAAAAUCAAGAAGCAUCUAGAUUGCAAUCUAUUAAACAAUUUUUCAGAGAUGCAACAUUAGAAGACUUUGGUAAAGGCAUUGUCUAUGGAGUCUAUUAUUCGAAGAGUCAUUUAGUAGACUCGUUCAUUAUAGUUCCCUUUGGAAUUUUGGUGUUAUUUACAAUAUUAUAUGGUUUUAAUCAAUUAUUAAGUAAUGUUUUGAAGAUCAGGUUUCCAAGUUCGGUGUUGGGCAUGUUGAUUAAUUUGAUAUUAUUGAGUGUCUUAAGUGUGUUGGCUGAACUACAAAGCUCUGACAAGACUUCAAUGAAAUAUAAAAUUAGCAAAUGGAGUUCAUUUAUAUUCACUAAUUAUUUGAGGCUAAUUAAACCUUCGAUGAAUUUUACUUUGAAAUGGAUAAAUGUAUUUUUUAUUCCAUCUUUUAUUAUAUUGCCAUUAUCAGAUCCAAUUUCGUUCAUAGAAUGCUUGAAAAUUGCUGGUGUUUUUGUUGUCGGAUUUCUUAGUCUUUUCUGUGUUGAUGUUUAUUUAAUUUUAGGCUUGAAAUGGAUUUACAAAAGUUUUGGUUUCAUGAAAGGUGAUGAUAAUUUAAGCCAUGACAACAAGCAAAGUACUCCUGAAGAAGAAGAGGGCGAAGGUAUUGAAGAAAUUGAAUUACAAAGCUUAGGCAGUGGUGGUGAUGGUGCUAUAACUACAAUGAGAGAUGAUAUCACUACGAUCGAUUUAUCGAGUUUAAGGGCAACGAAAAAUGAACCACCAGUAAAUAAUGGCAUCGAUGAAAAUCCUUUUACUCAUGAAGUCUCUAUGAGCUCAGUAGAUAUUCCAAAUGUUCCUGAGCCUGGUCCAAUUUAUUUACGAGAUUCGCAAGCUCCCCCUAGUGUAAAACUGACACCAGUUAGUACAAUUGCUAGAACUAAUUCUCCCUCAGUUGCUUCGACAUCUCCAUCUGUAUCAAUAUUCGAAAACAAGGACUUUAGCGAUUCCUGUCAGAGUAUUAUAAUAUUCAUCACAAAUUAUAUUGACUGGAUAUUAUAUUUUAUCCUAUUCAUUGUAUCAUUACCAUUUUAUUACAUUAAGUCAAUCCAUGUAUUUUUGCCAUAUCAUUUGGGUUUGACAAUAAUAUCAUAUUAUAUAGCAUUAUUAAUUCCCUUGAGGUGGCCAAAAUUGAAAAAAAUUGCACAUCCAAUUCUAAUACUGACGGCUGAAAUCCUUUUUGUAUGCUUUAUUGGUUCUUUAAUAUAUCACAGAGGUGAAUUGAAGGGGUUUUUGGAUGAUUUGAAGUUCUACAAAACAGGAAAGACGUACCUCAACUUGUUCAACGAAAAGAUCUUAUUAAAUAGUGGAAAGAUUGAUCAUAAAUUGGACUCGGACUUCACUGCAACCCCAAAAUGGCCUGGAUGUGGAGAUGUUUUGUCUUCAUUGAUGGACGUCUCUAUUGUCUCUCUUUCUUUGCCAAUGUUUACUCACAGAAAGGACUUCGUGAAGAACUUUUGGGUCCUAGUCCCUCCAAUUGUAAUAUCUAUAGCAUUAACAUUUUUCUGCUACCCAGUAAUCUGUUACAACAUAGGUAUUGCAUCACAAAGAUCAAUAGGAUUUAUUGGAAGAUCUGUUACACUAGCAUUAGGAACACCAUUGAUCGAUGCGCUAGAUGGCUCAGUAUCGCUAAUGGCUGUUUGUACUAUAUUGAGUGGUAUUUGUGGAGUAUUAGUAGGGGACACUUUGUUCAAUUUAUUAAGAGUCUCUAAGAAUGAUUAUGUUACAAGAGGUGUUAGUUUAGGUAUUAAUUGUGGUGCCAUUGCAACAGCUCACUUAUUAAAUGUUGAUCCUAGAGCUGCUCUGAUGAGUUCUUUAGGAUUUAGUAUAUUUGGUACAAUCAUGGUCAUUAUGGCAAGUAUUGGUGCAGUUAAAGAUCUUAUUAAAUCGUGGGUUGGGUUAUAA